GUCUGCUGCUCGCUGAGUGGACUGCUGCGCUGCCCCGACUGAACACUGAACUGACUGGUGACCGGUCACUGACUGAACAUAACCUCUAAAUUCUAAAUUAUUGUUUAUUAUUAUAUUGCCGUACACUGACGAUACUCUUAGUUUUGGUUAUACCAUUUUUAGUUUAGUGUCAAAAUAUUCUGCUAUUUAUUUUCAAUAUAAACUUAACCUGUCCGGUCUCAUAAUGAGAAGUCUUCUACUUUGUUCAAGAAAUGUUGCAACCUGCUGCAGAAAUAUCCUCAGUUUUGCCAAUAACAAUCCUGGGAGACAUGACAUGAUUAAAACACUUUCGACACAAACACAACCACAGACUGAGAUUGAAAAGAAAGAAACAGUCUCUUUGAAUCCAAUCCACCACGAAGACUACUUCCAAGUUAAAAAGAUGGUGACCGUCAAAGACCUGUUUAACGCACGAGUUCACUACGGGCACAAAGAAGGAUCCCUGAACGAAUACAUGGUGCCAUACAUCUUCGGUUCCCGUAUGGGACAUUUGAUCUUCGACUUGGACCAAACUUUGAAGAUGUUGCACCAAGCGCUGAACGUAGCCGCGCACAUCGCUUACAGGGACGGAGUCAUUCUGUUUGUCACACAGUCACCGCAACAUUGUCACCUGAUUGAGAAAACCGCUCAGGAAUGUAAGGAGUUUGUACAUACGAGAUCUUGGCGGCAAGGCAUGUUGACCAACUCAACCAUGAUGUUCGGGGCGGUGACUCGACUGCCCGAUUUGAUAAUUAUGUUCAGUACUUUAACAACAGUAUUGGAUAAUCAUCAAGCUGUAGUGGAAGCUGCCAAGAUGGCAAUCCCGACGAUCGCCGUGGUAGACUCCAACAGCAAUCCGAACAUCAUUACCUACCCGAUACCUGGGAACGAUGAUUCAGCAGUGUCGAUACAGCUGUAUUGCAGACUGUUCAAAGAGGCUAUUCUCAAGGGUAAGGCGGAAAGGAAGAGGGUUCUUGAAAUGUACAAAGGACAAAGUAGUGACUCGUAAAUUUGACUGUGUAAAUUUGUAAAUAUAAUAUCAGUAAGGUAAGAA